AUGAAGGCCUCAAGAUUGAAGGCCAAGAAGAUGAAGGCCUCCCAGAUGAAGGGUACAAGGAUGAAGGCCACCCGGAUGAAGGUUAGAAGGAUGAAGGAGACAAGGAUGAAGGCCACAAGGAUGAAGGCCAAAAAGGAUGAAAGCCACUCGGACGAAGUCCACAAGGAUGAAGUCCACAAGGAUGAAGGCCAUAGGGAUGAACGCCACGAGGAUGAAAGCCACAAGGAUGAAGGUCACACGCAUAAAGACCACAAGGAUGAAGGACUCAAGGAUGAAGGACACAUGGAUGAAAGCCACACUGAUGAAAACCACACAGAUGAAGGCCACACGGAUGACAGACACACGAAUGCAAGCCAUACAGAUGAAAGCCACACGGAUGACAGACACACGAAUGCAAGCCAUACAGAUGAAAGCCACACGGAUGAAGGUGACACGGAUGAAAGCUAUAUGGAUGAAGGUUACAAGGAUGAAGGCCACAUGGAUAAAGGCUCCUUGGUUGAAGGCCACAUGGAUAAAGGCUUCAUGAUUGAAGGCCACACGGAUGAAGGCCACAAGAAUGAAGGCCACACGGAUGAAGGCCACAAGAAUGAAAACCACACGGAUGAAGGGUACAAGGAUGAUGACCACUCAUAUGAAGGCCACACGGAUGAAGACCACAAGGAUUAA